GUGCAGGUUGUACAUUUAAAUCAAUAACACAGACCCUGAUGACGCGGAGGAUAUUUGUACAUGUUCUUGUGCUCCCUAUUAUUGACCAUGUGCCUGUGCCGUUCUUAGCUUUGCAUAUGCAUCUGUGUGUACAGCAGGGUGUAUAUGAAACUGCCAGCCUUACCAUUGGCUGUGUCAGAGGAGGUGUGUGGGGAAGAUGAGUGUGAUUGGCUGUGACACCCCCAACUUUAUAGAGGGGAUGGGUUGCCAAGAGUGACUAAAGUGGGUGUGUACCUGAGUAAACAAUAAAUGUAAACACUUGAGUAACAGUUUUUUCACACUCAAGGAACUUCCUGCCCCCCUUAAGUUCCAGAAACAUUAAUAUCUUCAAUCUUGUCUACUACCCUUCAUAUGUGAUUCUUUUUCCUGCAAUAGAUGAGUUAUUUAUGUUUUGCUCUACUUUGAGAGUUUCUGCGACUGGCGAAGAGACAUUUGGAGAGCAAAGCACUGGAUUAGGGUAUGUACUUGAUAUGAUGCAAAAUGGCAAUUUUUAUGAUCCCUGGAAUGUAAAGGGGGGUGUUUACUUAUUUUAUUUUUAUUUAGUUAUAAAAAAUAAAAUUAAACGAUAAUGAUAAUAAUCUUAGAUGACAAUCAUCACUGUAAUAAUAAUAAUAAUUUUGUGCCCUCGAGUCGAUUACGAGUUAGGGUGACUCUUUCUACAGUUUCUAGGUAGAAAAUACUCCAGCCAGCAACACUGCAUCCCUAUACCAACCCUGUAUUAUGACCCCAGAAUCUUCCGAGUAUUGAAUUAAUUCCAUUCUGAAACUAGUAAAGUACUUUUUGCAUACUCAGGCGAUCUCUUCCAACGUUUGCUACCGAAAACGAGCCGAAGUGGAACCCCGCCUUAAGUCAAGCUUUUUUGCAAGGAAAACCCGUCUGAAGACUGUAAACAGAGGAGUGGCUAAAGGCGGGUUGGGGGCGGAACCUUUCUACCCCGGCUCCCACAGGCCCCCUCCCCGCCGGUACCAUUAGAAAGAAGCACCAUCACCAGCGUGGCAGCGACAAUGGCAGUCUCGCGGGCUGUUCGAAGGAUUUUGAGAGGAAGGUCAUGCAAUGUUCUAGCGUCACUUCUUGGUCAUCAGAGAUUUUUAAGCACUACAUUCAAGGCCUCGGACCUCCAGGUGGAAUUGACCAAGGACCUGAAGUCCAAACCAGACCCUGCGAACUUGGUCUUUGGCAAAACUUUCACUGACCACAUGCUCACAGUGGAAUGGAGCAAGGAGAAAGGUUGGGGGAAACCACACAUCAAACCCUUUCAGAAUCUUUCCUUGCACCCAGCUACUUCAGCCCUGCACUACUCAGUACAGCUCUUUGAGGGGAUGAAGGCUUUCCGGGGACCAGAUAAGCGCAUCCGGCUUUUUCGUCCCAUGUUAAACAUGGAGCGCAUGUUACGUUCCGCUCUCCGUUCUUGCCUGCCUUCCUUCAACCAAGCCGAGCUACUUGAAUGCAUCCGGCAAUUCAUCCACGUGGAGCAAGACUGGGUCCCCCACUCCGACAGUGCCAGCCUCUACAUCCGGCCAACCUUCAUUGGCACUGAACCUUCCUUGGGGGUCGCCAUAUCCAACCAUGCCUUGCUGUACGUGAUCCUGUGUCCUGUAGGCCCCUAUUUUGCCACAGGCAGCUUCAGCCCCGUUUCCCUUCUUGCUGAUCCCUGCUUUAUCCGUGCUUGGAUAGGUGGAGUCGGCGAUUCCAAGCUGGGAGGCAACUAUGGCCCCACCAUUUAUGUGCAGAAUGCUGCUGCCAAGGAGGGUUGCCAGCAGGUGCUGUGGCUUUACGGGGAAGACCACCAGAUCACUGAAGUUGGGACCAUGAACAUCUUCAUCUUUUGGAAAGACCACCAGGGUGAUCUGGAGCUUGUUACCCCACCUUUGAACGGCAUAAUCUUGCCUGGUGUGAUCCGUCAGAGCCUCCUAGAGUUGUCACGUAAAUGGGGGGAAUUCAGAGUUUCGGAGCGCAUUGUGACAAUGGCCGAGCUGAUCAAAGGGCUGGAAGAGAACAGAGUCAAGGAAGUGUUUGGUUCUGGCACGGCCUGUGUUGUUUGCCCUGUGAACAGAAUCCUCUAUCAGGGCAAGAAUUACCAUAUCCCUACAAUGGAAAAUGGACCUGUGAUUGCAAAACGGUUUCUGAAAGAGCUGACAGAUAUUCAGUACGGCCGGGUCACCAGUGACUGGGUCCUGCCCGUUUGACGCCGGCCCAGCAGCCCCCACCAGACACUUCCGCUGCUUCAUCCCCAUUCGCCCACUCCCCCCAGCUUCUCUUUUGCCAUAGUUGGAUUUAUGACCUGGCUGUGGGCCCUUGGUGUUUCCGCCUUCCACUCUGUCAGAAAUUGGACUGUGGGUGGCUGCUGUUUUUUUUAAGAACCACGAGCAGCCUGUUACAAUCAGUGAAUGCAAAAAGCACUCCCAAAUUCAAGGCGAAUCUGGGUGGACUCCAAGCCGGCCUCUGUGCGGAAACAAAGAACCUCUGAAACUUUCUCAGCUCCAAAAUUCAGCUGCUUCCUGCUUUCCAAGUGCAAUAAGGAGUAAGAGCAAGAGAGAAGGGGAAAGCCUGGUGUGUCUUCAAAAAUAAUUAAAAUGUCACACACACUUUUAAAAAUAGUUGCUUGGAUUCAGGUAAAAAUGCAUUUAUAGAUUUGUAAAUGCAGUGCUACUACACUUUAGUUCGGGACAUCCUAACGAUGCUGAAGUCUCGGCUUUUGCUUCCUAUGUCUAGAAAUCCUACAUCACUGGUUCUUAACCUUGGGUUACUCACGGGUUUUGGACUGCAACUCCCAGAAGCCUUCACCACCAGCUGUC